AAAGAACUAACUCAAGCAAUGGAAGAAUCACGUCUCCAAGUAUCUCACACCCUCCAAUCUUGCUUACAAUCUGAUGGUAGAAGAAGAUAUGCCACUCCUCCACAACAAAUAGCUGCGUUUAAUAGACGAUCAAACCCAGAAAUUCUAUCGUCGUGCAAUGAGAAAUGGUUGGAAACGGACGCAGAAGUCAUCGUUGGUGAUGAUGUAAUGCUAAUAAAUCCUGCAGAUGAGUUCAAUAUACAUUUUCCUUACCGCCGUGGGGAGCUCAAUAUACAUUCUGGGCCAGGUGGAAGCUUAACGGGUGUUUUAUCUGAUUUGAAAACCAUUUGGGAGUAUGUUUUGGUGAAAAAACUGAAUAUUCCGUUGAAAGAUUUAAAACACUAUCGAGCUGUGCUCGUUAUUCCAGAUAUUUAUAAUAGGCAUUAUUUGAAGGAGUUGACGACACUAAUGUUGUGUGAUAUUGGAUUCGGUGGAUGCUUUCUCCUUCAGGAUCAUGUUGCAGCUACAUUCGGAGCAGGUCUUGGUUAUGCUUGUGUUGUGGAUGUAGGCGAUCAAAAGACAUCGGUAUCCUGCGUAGAAGACGGAAUCUCCCACCGAAAUACUCGUGUCCGUAUGGAUUAUGGAGGAAGUGACAUUACUCAAACCUUUUUUUGGUUGCUGCAAAAAUGUGCAUUUCCCUAUAAAACCUGCGAUCCAUUAAAUAGAAUGGAUGCAUUAUUAUUAAAUCAACUGAAAGAGGACUUUUGCCAUGUGGACUUGAACAUUUGUGGAUCACAAGAAAAGAUAUUCACUGUUAAAAAGCCGAAAAUAUCCACGGAAAAAUAUAUCAUGCAGGUAGGCGAUGAAUGUCUCGUAGCACCGCUAAGCCUUUUCCAACCAGAACUGUUCAAAGUCACGGGAAUACACAAUGUUCACAUACAAAAGCGUUAUUUGGGUGAUCCAGAAGAUCCUCAUGAUGAGAAUUAUCUUCGUGAAACAAGUAGGAGAGGAGUGAAAGAAAGUCUUGAACAGACCUUGGAGUUGCAAGAAGAGACGGCGGUUGUGGCUACACCAAUCGACGAAGAAGUGGUUGUAGAUGCAGUUGAUGCUGUACCGAAUUCCCUUGCUAAUCGAGAUUUAGAGGCGCCUCGUGAUUUUAUUGUUGGGCCGCAACAACUUUUAGGUCUUGAUCAUGCAGUUUUGCAGAGUAUCGACCGAUGUCUAACUGAAGAUUUGAAACGAAAAAUGUAUAGUUGUAUCCUUAUCAUCGGGUCUGGAAUGAAGUUCAAAGGAAUUGGAAUGUGGCUUCAUAAUAGGAUUUCCCUUCAAAUCCCUUAUAUGUUCAGAGCAGAACAAUUAGAUAUAAUAACAUACCCUAAAGAAAUGGAUCCUGGAAUCACAACGUGGAAAGGUGCCGCCAUAUUCAGUUGCCUUGAAUCUGCCCAAGAGCUCUGGAUUGGACAGCAAGAGUGGCAACGCCAUGGCGUACGAGUACUUAGAGAGAGAGCACCAUUCAUGUGGUAAAAUUAUUGAUAGUCUAAUGAU